UACAUCGUCCGGUUAAUGAUGCCUGGGAUCGAUGCGAAGUAGAGACUGGUGUUACGUGUCAAAAGAUCGUGGAGUUUGUGAAUAAUUUCGCAGAUGAAUCCGACGACGGUCGGAGCGCAUGCAUCGAUGCGUUAACGGUCGAGAAGCUUCCCCGGUCAAGUUUCCUACGUGAACAUCUUUACUUUCUCUCACGUGUGCGGCUGCCACACUCAGAGUGUCGUAAUUGUUGGUUAGGAAAAGCAGCGGCGAUUUUUAAACAUGGAUAUAAUCCUGGUCCGCGGCCUAAGAUUCACCUCUGAUUUACGCAACGUCCCGACAUUGCUGACGAAAUAUUUCCCAUUGUCAGCGUGUUGUCCGUGUCGUAUCGAGACGACAAGUUGGAAAGCCAUACGAAUAUUCCGAACGUCAACCAACGCAGUACGCACUAUAAGGCUUGUUUCGCUUGCCGAAAGGUAUCCUUUUCACAGGAUUGCAUCGCGUAAUUCUUUAGGCCUCGUAAAUCAUAUACUGGCGUGUCAGAAGUCAUUGAAAGAAAACGUUAAUAAGAAUGGCGUUACCUUGGCGUACUAUUCGGAUUUUAAGCAGAAAUCCGAGGGCGACUGUCAGGAGCCUCAGGCGGAAAAGAAAGUAACAAUAUUUCAGAAGAUGAAGCAAAUGACCAAAGACUAUUGGCAUAUAUUGAUACCUGUACACUUUGUCACCUCCGCAGGAUGGGUAGCUAUAUUUUACACUGCUGUUAGAAACGGUGUGGAUAUAGUACAGCUGUUGGAAUAUCUGAAUUUUAGCGAGAAAUAUGUCAAUUUAGUACGUAAUUCUAGUGCCGGCAACUGGGCCAUAACUUAUGCACUUUAUAAGAUAUUUACGCCGCUUAGAUACACUGUCACCGUCGGAGGAACAACGAUCGCUGUUAGACACCUCAGCAAAUUAGGCUACGUGAAGGCACCGCCGUCAUUCAGACGCCAGCCGGUAGAGCCUGCGCGCAAAAUCAUGACCAAUACAGUCAAACAAAUGUGCAGUGGAACACAAGACAAAAUUCAAGGCAGAUUGUAAAACGGACCGACAAAACACAGAACCGCCGAAACCCUAAUGUAUUGCCCGCACUAUGUCAGACCUACGAAUUGGGCUUAGCGUAGCUCGGGAUUCUGUUAUACGGCGAUAUUAAUGUACAUUUUUCGUUGUAAAUUAUUGUGCUCUGAUAAAUAUUUUAUCUUAAAUCACCCCCUA